AUUACAUAAUUCUUCCUUCUUGAUCUUGCAUUCGAUCAGCUAUUAUUCGAUGGACCACCUCUUGUCGCUUCUGUUAUUCGUUCUAGCACUUUGUCCGCUAACUCUAGCACUUCACGGCCGUAUUUUUCGUAGAUUUGGUUCUGCUGCAUUAAAACGGUCGAAUCACAGUGAGCUGUUACAGCCUAGGCCAUCGGGUGCAUGGCCUUUAGUAGGCCACCUUCAUCUCCUGUGGGGAAGAGAGCCCGCUUUCAGGAAGUUUGCAGCCAUGGCCGACAGAUACGGGCUCGUCUUCUCCCUUAGGGUCGGCCUCUGCAGACUAGUGGUCGUGAGUGGCUCCGAGGCCGCAAGGGAGUGCUUGGUCGUGAACGACAGGGUUCUAGGCACUCGGCCUGAUAUUGCAGUAGGAAGGUACAUCGGAUAUGAUAAUGCUAUUUUUGCCCUGGCGCCCACAGGGCCAUACUGGCGUGAAAUCCGAAAAAUCACUGCCCUCAAGCUCCUCUCAAGCCAUCGCGUUGAGCGACUCCUCCAUGUUAGGGCCUCUAAGAUAGCCUCCUUCAUGGCGGAUCUCCUCUCCCGCUCCCAACACGACAGCCUCGUUAUUCCCAUUGACAAGCAGUUCAAGCACCUUACCUUCAACAUAAACCUGAGGAUCAUUGCUAGGAAGAAGUUCUCGGACGCCGAGUUUGGCAAGGCAGGCUCCGAUGCCUGCCGGUUCAAGAAGGCGAUCGAGGACUUCCUGUACCUGAGUGGAGUUUUCGUCCUGUCGGACAUGAUCCCGUGGCUCGAGUGGGCAGAUAUCCAAGGGCACGUGAAGGCGAUGAAGGAGACGGGGAAGGAGCUUGACUAUGUCCUUGAUAAGUGGCUAAAGGAGCAUAUUGAGAGGAGGAAACAGAGAGGCAAACAUGAGAUCGAUGACAAAGAAGCCGAUAAUUUAAUGGAGAUUCUUCUCGAGAGGUUAACGGAAAGCGAGCCAAUGUUCUUCGGGCGUGACCGGGAGACUGUCAUCAAGGCUACUGCCCUGAUUUGGUUCUGCUGCCUGGAAACGGUCGAACCACAGUGAGCUGUUAUCGCCUGGGCCAACGGGUGCAUGGCCUUUAGUAGGGCCACCUUCAUCUCCUGUGGGGAAGAGAGCCCACUUUCAGGAAGUUUGCAGCCAUGGCCGACAUAUAUGGCUCGAUUGACCUGCGAUUCCACAUUUUCCGACUUAGCCCAUUGAAUCGGAAUCAUAUAACCCCCCUCGAGUCGUAGAAUCGUACGAUUCUACGAUCCGAAUCACAAUUCUGACAACCAUGGUACGAUUCUACGAUCCGAAUCACGAUUCUGACAACCAUGAUUGCACAUAUAGCGCUUUACUUCUCUAAAAAAUAAUAUAAUUUUAGAUUUGAUCAUAAUUGAUAAAAGUGUAAAUUUCACAUGAAAAUGGGUCUUUAUCGAGAACAGUUGCAAGGAGUCCGUCAUUAUUGAGAGUUUGAUUUAUCCCUUGAAACAUAUCAAAUAGAAAAAGUAGAGUUUAAAUAAGCAUAUCGAUAGACAGUGGCAUAAAUAAUAAGUUACGCCAAGCCCAGGAGAAUUGGGAACAUAUAUUCAUUUAGGCUGCAGUACGCUUGUACACGCAUCAAGGAUUUCAUCGGGAUGCUUAUAAUGAACAAGUUUAAAAUCAUUCGAUAA